AAAGUAAUUACACGGUUGACUCCUUUGAAAAUCGAGUUUUUAAAUCCAAAAUUCACAGCCUUGUUCCCCAAGCAAUGCUCUCUCUCGCCGAAAUUCAAACAUAGAGAGAGAAAUACAAAGAAAUUUGAUUGCCAAAGUGGUAUCCAUUUGAAGAGGAGGCAUCACCCAUCCAAAUAGUUUUGAAUGCCUUGUGUUUGGAGGUCGAUAGUCCAUGAAUCGGAAGUUCCUUCGUUUUUUCUUUAUUGUUUUUGAUUGGAUUGUUUUCGUCGUUUAUCCUCGUUGAUCAGCUAGCUGCCGCUUGGUUGUUGAGAAUAUUGCUCUAGGGACUCCAUUGCCUGAGUGUUGGAUGGCCGCCGAAGGUAAAGAGAAUCAUGGAUCCUCUAGCAAUCUGGAGGCGGAUGAAACCACCACUAAUUCUCCAGAGGAGCAACAAAACGAACGAGAGAGUCGGAAGGACAAGAAACAAGAUCAGAACACGUUCACUGUGCCUCUCUACAAAUUGUUCUCCUUUGCAGACUCCACAGAUUACGUCUUGAUGCUGUUGGGUUCGCUUGGUGCCGCAGGAAAUGGAGUUUCUCUACCCCUUAUGACGGUGCUCUUCGGAAAUUUGAUCCAGUCCUUUGGCGGAGCUUCGAACGGACAUGAUACGCUUCAUCAAGUCUCCAAGGUAGCACUGGAAUUUGUCUACCUAGCCAUUGGAGCAGGCAUUGCGUCUUUUCUUCAGGUGGCUUGCUGGAUGGCUACCGGGGAAAGGCAAUCAGCCCGAAUAAGAAACUUGUAUCUUGAAACCAUAUUACGACAAGAAAUUGCAUUCUUUGACAAGGAAACAAAUACAGGUGAAGUUAUUGAGAGGAUGUCUGGGGAUACUGUUUUUAUUCAAGAUGCCAUGGGCGAGAAGGUUGGCAAAUUUAUUCAGCUAACAUCAACUUUCUUUACUGGAUUCAUUGUUGCAUUUGCACAAGGGUGGCUGCUGACCUUGGUCAUGCUGUGCACUAUUCCCCCUCUGGUGAUUACUGGUGGAAUCAUGGCCAAUAUUGUGGCCAAAAUGGCAUCACGCGGACAAGCAGCUUAUGGAGAAGCUGCAACUGUUGUUGAACAAACCAUUGGUUCAAUUAGGACAGUUGCUUCCUUUACUGGGGAAAAACUAGCAGUAAAGAAGUAUGAUAAGUCUUUAGUAAGGGCCUACAAUGCCAGUGUUCAAGAAGGUCUGGUAGCUGGUUUAGGUCUUGGAAUGCUCAUGCUCUUCAUGUUUUGUGGGUACUCCUUGGGAAUAUGGUAUGGAGCAAAACUGAUACUUCAUAAGGGUUACACUGGUGGAAAGGUCAUCAAUGUGAUAUUUGCAAUCCUCACAGGUUCUUUCUCAUUAGGCCAGAUAGCACCAUGCAUGACAGCUUUUGCAGCAGGACAAGCUGCUGCUUAUAAGAUGUUUGAGACAAUCAACCGAAAGCCAGAAAUUGAUGCUUAUGAUCCCAAAGGAAGGAGGCUUGAUGAUAUUCAAGGGGACAUUGAAUUUAAAGAUGUUUAUUUUAGUUAUCCUGCCAGACCAGAUGAACAAAUCUUUCGUGGUUUCUCUCUAAGCAUUCAGAAAGGAACAACUGUUGCAUUGGUUGGUGAGAGUGGAAGUGGAAAAUCAACAGUUGUUAGUUUGAUAGAGAGAUUUUAUGAUCCACAGGUUGGUGAAGUUCUCAUUGAUGGAAUAAACCUCAAGGAACUUCAACUCAGUUGGAUUAGAGGAAAAAUUGGGCUUGUGAGUCAGGAACCAGUUCUUUUUGCCACUAGCAUUAAACAUAACAUAGCUUAUGGGAAAAAUAAUGCAACUGUUGAAGAAAUCAGAGCAGCAACAGAGCUUGCAAAUGCUGCUAAAUUCAUAGACAAAUUGCCUCAGGGCCUUGACACUAUGGUUGGCGAACACGGAACACAACUAUCUGGAGGUCAAAAGCAAAGAGUUGCAAUUGCCAGAGCAAUUUUGAAAGAUCCUCGAAUUUUACUUUUGGAUGAAGCUACGAGUGCAUUGGACGCAGAGUCAGAAAGAAUAGUGCAGGAAGCACUUGACAGGGUCAUGGAAAAUCGUACUACUGUUAUUGUUGCUCAUCGAUUGAGCACUAUUAGGAAUGCUGAUUCCAUUGCUGUUAUACAUCGAGGAUCAAUUGUUGAAAAAGGUUCGCAUGUUGAGCUAUUAAAGAAUCCUGCUGGAGCUUAUAGCCAACUCAUAAGGCUUCAAGAAGUGAACCAGGCCCAGGUUACUGCACACAAAUCUGAUUCAGAAAAAUCUGAUGGGGGGAUAUCUUCAGGUCAGUACUCGAGCAAGAAACUGUCCUUGAACCGCUCCAUUAGCCGUGGAUCAUCAGGCAGACAUAGCAGCCACUCAUUUCAAGCUCCAUUUGGUUUGGCCAUGGGGUUUGAUGCCCAAGAUACAUCUGACAAUGCGGAUCCUGAAAGUACUAUUGAACAUUCAAAAGAAGUACCAGUCCUCCGCUUAGCAUAUCUUAAUAGACCAGAGAUUCCUAUAUUGAUACUUGGUUCAUUUGCUGCCAUUGUUAAUGGUGUCAUAUUUCCCCUGUUUUCAAUACUCUUAUCAAAUGUAAUCAAUGCAUUUUACCAGCCUCCACACAAGCUCAAGAAGGGCUCCAACUUUUGGUCAUUAAUGUUUCUGAUAUUUGGUGGGGUUUCUUUGUUUGCCCUUCCAGCUAGAACAUACUUCUUUGGUGUGGCAGGAUCAAAAUUGAUUAGGAGGAUUAGGCUAAUGACAUUUGAGAAAGUCGUUAGCAUGGAAAUAGAAUGGUUUGAUAAUCCUGAGAACUCCAGUGGUGCAAUUGGGGCAAGGCUAUCAGCAGAUGCAGCUGUAGUCAGGAGUCUUGUAGGAGAUGCACUUGCAUUGAUCGUUCAGAACAUCACAACAUUGGUUGCUGGCUUGGCGAUUGCUUUUAUUGCCAAUUGGCAACUUUCAUUGAUUGUCUUGGCUUUGGUACCUCUCUUGGGUGCCAAUGGAUACAUACAGAUGAAAUUUAUGAAGGGAUUUAGUAAAGAUGCAAAGGUGAUGUACGAGGAAGCAAGUCAAGUUGCAAAUGAUGCUGUGGGAGGUAUCAGAACAGUUGCUUCAUUUUCUGCAGAAGAGAAAGUGAUGGGAAUAUACAAGCAGAAAUGUGAAAGCCCUAUGAGAAAAGGAAUUAGGCAAGGGUUAAUUAGUGGUACAGGAUUUGGAGUUUCCUUCUUUUUGUUGUUUUGUGUAUAUGGAGCUAGUUUUUAUGCUGGAGCACGACUGGUGGAGAGUGGAAAGACUACUUUUGACAAAGUAUUUCGGGUAUUUUUUGCUCUUGCAAUGGCAGCAAUUGGGAUUUCUCAAUCAAGUUCCUUAGCUCCAGAUUCUUCAAAAGCCAAAUCUGCUUCUGCUUCAGUUUUUGCUAUUCUCGAUCGGAAAUCUAAAAUAGAUCCAAGCAAUGAUUCUGGAAUGACAUUGGAAAAUUUGAAAGGAAACAUUGAGCUACAACAUGUCAGCUUCCGUUACCCUACUCGUCCAGAUAUCCAGAUUUUCCAGGAUCUAUGCCUGACAAUCCCUUCUGGAAAGACAGUCGCACUUGUAGGAGAGAGCGGUAGUGGGAAAUCAACUGUUGUAUCACUGUUGCAAAGAUUUUAUGAUCCAGAUUCAGGUGAAAUACUGCUAGAUGGCAUCGAAAUUAAAAAGUUACAACUGAGGUGGUUGAGACAGCAGAUGGGCUUGGUGAGCCAAGAACCAGUUCUAUUUAACGAUACUAUCCGAGUUAAUAUUGCUUAUGGAAAGGAAGGAAAUGUGACUGAAGCUGAGAUCAUAGCUGCAGCUGAGUUAUCCAAUGCCCACAAGUUCAUUAGCAGUUUGCACAAGGGCUAUGAUACAUUAGUUGGAGAACGAGGAGUCCAUUUAUCAGGCGGGCAAAAGCAACGUGUUGCGAUUGGACGUGCUAUCGUGAAGGAUCCAAAAAUUCUGUUACUAGAUGAAGCAACAAGUGCACUGGAUGCUGAAUCUGAAAGGGUGGUGCAAGAUGCAUUAGACCAAGUCAUGGUCAAUCGAACCACUAUUGUCAUAGCACAUAGAUUAUCUACCAUAAAGGGUGCGGAUGUGAUUGCUGUGGUUAAGAAUGGAGUGAUAGUAGAGAAAGGGAAGCAUGAGACCUUAUUGAGCAUCAAGGGAGGGGCCUAUGCCUCCCUUGUAGCACUUCACAUGAGCGUGGCACAUUGACUUGCAGUUUUCCUUUUCAUAUGUAUAACUCUGAGCAUUAUUUUUUGAGAAUCAAAAUGUAAAAUAAAUAAAUUUUUCAAAUUUGUAUAAACCAUAAGGGGAGCAAUUUUGAUAUAGACACUCAAAUUCUACA